AUGCAGAGCUGUGACCUGGAACAGCAGAGCAUUGUUCACGUUGUUCAGAGACCAGGGAGAAAAAGUCACGAGACACAUGCAUCUGGAGAGGACAAGCCCCACGACACCUCAGGGGGUUCGGUAUGGGCACCCAGGAGCUUGACCAGGGUGGACCUCAGUAGCCAUAUCCUACCAGCAGACUCCGUGGGACUGGCGGUCAUUCUGGAUGCAGACAGCAGGCAUGGUUCAGAAGCAGCCAGAAAUCCAGCAGUCAAACCUACCUACAACAGCUUUUAUGUGUACUGCAAAGGCCCCUGCCACAGAAUCCAGCCUGGAAAGCUCCGAGUUCAGUGCGGCACCUGCAGACAAGCAACACUCACCUUGGCCCAGGGUCCAUCUUGCUGGGAAGAUGUCUUAAUUCCAAACCGGAUGAGUGGCGUGUGCCAAUCUCCAGACUGCCCUGGAACCAGAGCAGAAUUUUUCUUUAAAUGUGGAGCACACCCAACCUCUGACAAGGAUACAUCAGUUGCUUUGAACCUGAUCACCAGUAACAGCCGAAGCAUCACCUGCAUUGCAUGCACAGAUGUCAGGAGCCCUGUCCUGGUCUUCCAGUGUAACCACCGCCACGUGAUCUGCUUGGACUGCUUCCACCUAUACUGUGUCACAAGGCUCAAUGAUCGGCAGUUUGUCCAUGAUGCUCAGCUUGGCUACUCCCUGCCAUGUGUAGCUGGCUGUCCCAACUCCUUGAUUAAAGAGCUCCAUCACUUCAGGAUUCUUGGAGAAAAGCAGUACAAUAGGUACCAGCAGUAUGGCGCCGAGGAGUGCGUGCUGCAGAUGGGCGGCGUGCUGUGCCCCCGGCCUGGCUGCGGAGCUGGGCUGCUGCCUGAACAGGGCCAGAGGAAAGUCACCUGUGAAGGGGGCAAUGGCCUGGGGUGCGGGUUCAUUUUCUGCCGGGACUGUAAGGAAGCAUACCAUGAAGGUGCAUGUGACUCGCUGUUUGAAGCCUCGGGGGCUACUUCUCAGGCCUACAGAGUAGACGAAAGGGCCGCUGAGCAAGCUCGCUGGGAGGAGGCCUCUAAGGAAACCAUCAAGAAGACCACUAAGCCUUGUCCUCGCUGCAAUGUGCCAGUUGAAAAAAAUGGAGGAUGUAUGCACAUGAAGUGUCCACAGCCUCAGUGCAGACUGGAGUGGUGCUGGAACUGCGGCUGUGAGUGGAACCGAGCCUGCAUGGGUGAUCACUGGUUCGACGUGUAGACAGACACUCAGGCACUGCCCCUGACCACACCUCCUUACGGGAAACACGUGGACUCCUGCCUUCUUAGCCAUUUCGUCGUCUCUGGGCAUAUAAGCACAUACAAUGCACACGCACAAACACAGACUGCAAAUUACAGACUCGGCCACUAGAUCCUUUCCACAGGCACCCACGGAAGCCAGCAGCACCCACUAGGCACCCAGUGAGAGGCACUUUCGGGCCUCUGGCAUAUGCAACUAUCCAACACUGGGAAGAGAGUGUAGCCCCUUGUUUUGGAUUUCUCAUCCCAGCAGGAAUCCAGCCCUAGGGAGGGCUUUUCCAGGUUUAAUUUCCCGACUUCACCUUCACUAAAUCCAUGUAGAAGCCUUAGGCGAAGCCACAGCUCUCCAAGGCUGUUGCCACGCUCUGUGUAAAUUAGACUGCCGUGGAAUCUCAAGAGCACACUCGAGAUGUGAGGGACAGUGUUCUUACUCAGCAAUCACCUAUUCCCAGGGGGCCCUCCCCGGCAAUAGUCAAAAAUAUUUGUUUAUCCCCAAGAAUCCUAUCUUUAUAAAUGGUGCUGAUGAGAUGACAGCUCGGCGGCAUACAAAUCAACUUAUCAACCAAGUGAGAAACUGGAAAACAUAAUUUGAAUGCAGACUGUUUAAAUUACAGUGAGGGCAUCAAAGUGGAACCUACUUCCACUCGCUUAAUUACCUGCAACUUUAGAAAGAAAUUACUCUUUUUUUCCUGAAAUUAUUGCAAAGUCUGGAAUUUGGUUUGAAGUAUUCAUAUUGCAGCCUGGAAGUUUAGCCCAUGCAUUUGUCUUCACUGUGAACUUAAUAGAAAAAGUGCCUAUAAAGGGCAUGUUUUUAGAAACAAUCCCAUGAUGCUAUUCCAACGCUAACAGCAGUGCAGGCCGGGUUUAUAUUUAUGGAAUAUUUAUAGAAGCGGCAUUUCUAGAUCAGCCACAUGAGAACAUGCCUGACCCUCCAUCAGAAAGGGAGACACCUCUGUGUACUUACCCCCUAAGUCCCAGGGAGUCCCAUGCACCCAGUGGUCCUACAGGCAGAACCUUUUGCGAAGGACAAUAAACACACUAGAAUAUUCCUUAGGUAAAUACACAUCACAUUUGAAUGUUAAGUUUUCAAGAUUUUAUUUUUUCCUGUUGUGUUUCGUUUGGUUUGGUUUGUGAGGCACUCAUAACACAUAAAGCUGUUUCCACUAGGUACUGUGAGAUGCAGUUUCUACUGCACCCUGUGCACAGGGGUGAGGCGUGGUCUCUGCCUUUCCCUCUCAUUUGAUUUUCUGACUUCUCAGGAGGCUGAGCUGGCAGCUGAGGGUCUCACUGGCCCCUGAGGCCCCUUGGGACUUAAGAGGCCUGAACCUUCUGAAAUCAAUAAGUAGAUACAACCAACAGAAUCCGAUGCUGGUGGGAGAAGAGGCAGUGACCUCAGAAUUUUCAGGUCAUAUCCCAAGAGCACCUGCUCCCCCACCCCAAGCAGCCUCACCCAGAACACUCCCCAGGAGCAGGCUUCCCUCCCCUUCCUCAGAGACACAGUACUGGAACAAGGCAGUAGUGUGAGAGGGGGCCACACAACAUGAACAGCCAGACUUAUCACCAACUGCUAGAAAAUCCAUCCUCUCCUUCAUAAUCCAGGGCUGCCAGACCCAAGUCCAGAAGCCAAAGAUCAGAUGGAAACGAUGCUAUGGUAUCUUGUAGUGUGAGGCGAGGAGAGCAGACCUAAGCCCAUGCUUGCAUCCACCCCCACCAGGACCCAAGAGAGUGUCAUAUGCUGACCCAAAGUGGCAAAGCCACCUGUCCUGCUGCAUGCAGGGUGUUCAUGUCACCCAUCACUGUUCUGUUUGCAACAUUGCUCUUUCCCAUCGCCUCCUUCCACACCCGUGUGCUGUAAUAGGUUUGGGAAGCCAGGACAGGGUUUGCUCUUCUGCUCUGUGUCAGACUCCCUGGAGCUCUGGGGCUCGUCGGCAUGCUCCUUCUUUCUCUUCUUUCUUUCUGGUGAUGGCCUAUGCUUCCUUCAGAAUAGAACAGUGAUUCUUAAAAUAACCUAAAGGAAAAACACCCACAGUGUGUGAGCAUGAGUCAGCCUGUGUUGUGUGAGCAUGAGCAGUGGGAUAAAAUGUGGAUGUCAAAAGAAUGGCAGCCAAACCUUUGCAGAGCAGUCUUUCUUUCUCCGUCAAAUGCAGUAGGGGAUAUCUGAAGACUGUGUCCGUGGUGGUACCCAGACUGUCAAUAAAAGAAUCAAAAGAGUG